AGUGUCAGCCUGCCAUCAUAGUGUCAGCCUGCCUUCAUUGACCAUGAUUUCAAUCAAUUCGAUCGUAAGUUCAAGCUAAUCAGUAUUUUGAUUUAGAAAGAAGGCUGUAUUCUCUUUCACGGAGUAAGUGAAUGCCCAAAUCUUGUAUGCAAUGUUCAUCAAUUUCGUGGUUUUGUUCCUUCUCCUUGGGCUGAGAUCUGAAGCAUCACAACAAGAUGAUAUAGAUUUCACCUACAAUGGAUUUCAAGGAGUUGACAUGAGCUUGGACGGGGUAGCUCAGAUUACAAACGAUGGCCUCCUAAUGGUUGUAAACACUAGUAUGCAACAGAAGGGUCAUGCCUUCUACCCUCAUCCAAUUCACUUCAUGAAUUCAUCUUCAGGUAGUGUUUUCUCCUUCUCCACUACCUUUGUAUUUGCCAUGUUCUCUGAAUUUGCGGUAAGUGAUCCUGGAAUGGCAUUCAUAAUUGCACAUUCAAGAGACUUCUCAAGUGCUUGGCCAAGUAUUUAUCUAGGCGUCUUCAAUAAGACCAACAAUGGCAAUUCAUCAAACCAUGUUAUAGCAAUCGAGAUGGAUUCCAUUCAAAAUUUGGAAUUCGAUGACAUCGAUAGUAACCAUGUUGGUAUUGAUAUCAAUGACUUGAAAUCCGUCGAUUCGGCUCCGGCGUCUUAUUUCAGUGAUCAAGAGAACCGAUAUGUGAACUUGACCCUCUCCAGCGGACGCACCUUGCAACUCUGGGUGGAAUAUUGUGGUGUACAGAAGCAACUUAAUGUUACUUUAGCUCCAUUUGAAGUCCCUAAACCAAAGACCCCUCUCUUGUCCUUUAACAUUGAUCUUUCUCCAACCAUAGUAGAUCCUAUGUUUGUGGGCUUCUCAUCAUCUACUGCUGUCUCCAAAGCACCUCAUUAUGUGUUAGGUUGGAGCUUUAAGAUGAAUGGGAAAGCAAAAGAUCUCACUCUCUCCCAACUUCCUAAGCUUCCUCGAAUGGGACCUAAAACAGAACCUAGAAUUUUUACCAUUGGAUUUCCUGUGAUUGGUGCUAGUUUCAUGCUCAUGUCCAUCUUCAUCAUCCAAAUUAUUGUAGCAAGGAGGAAGAAGUUCGCAGAAGUUUAUGAAGAUUGGGAACUUGAAUAUGGACCUCAAAGGUUCAAAUAUAAAGAUCUUUACAUAGCAACCAAAGGAUUUGAUGACAAGGAGCUUCUUGGUAGUGGUGGCUUUGGUAAGGUUUACAAAGGUAUAUUACCCACUUCAAAAGUAGAAGUUGCAGUGAAGAGAGUAUCACAUGAUUCAAGACAAGGGGUGAAGGAAUUCAUUGCCGAGAUCGUUAGCAUCGGUAAAUUGCAGCAUCGAAACAUAGUGACACUCUUGGGGUAUUGCCGACGUCAAGGAGAGCUCCUUCUAGUCUAUGAUUUCAUGCCCAACGGGAGUCUAGACAAGUUCCUUUUUAAUCAAUCUACAACAACAUUGAGCUGGAAUCAAAGAUUUCAAAUAAUCAAAAGUGUGGCAUCGGCGUUACUGUAUCUUCAUGAAGAAUGGGAACAAGUUGUGAUUCACAGAGAUGUGAAGUCUAGUAAUGUGAUGUUAGACAAGGAGCUAAAUGGAAGAUUGGGAGAUUUUGGGCUUGCAAGAUUAUAUGAUCAUGGAUGUGAUCCUAAAUCCACCCAUGUGGUGGGGACCUUUGGUUAUAUUGCACCAGAACUUUGUAAAACUGGUAAAGCAAGCCCUAGUGUGGAUGUGUUUGCAUUUGGGAUUUUUUUGCUUGAAGUUGCUUGUGGUAGGAGACCUAUACAGUUUCAUGAAUCAGAAGAGCGUCUUGUGUUGCUGGAAUGGGUGAUCUCGAGUUUCAAUAUGGGUGUGAUUCUUGAAACUGCAGAUCCCAAAUUGGAGAUGAAUUAUGAAGUGGAGGAAAUGGAAUUGGUGUUAAAACUUGGAUUGCUUUGCUCUCAUUCCAUUCCAACUGCAAGGCCAUCUAUGCGACAAGUUAUGUACUUUUUGGAGGGAGAGGCUUCACUACCAGAGCUGCGAUCUCUUAAUGGGAGCCUUUUUUUCACUGCAGAAGGUACUGGUGAUGAUGUCUCUAUUUGGUUUCCUUACCAUAUGAGUGCAGUGACUCCGCAAUCAUCCAUUGCAGAUUCUCUACUCUCUGGAGGACGUUGAUGACUCUUAUCUGAUUAAAGGUUAUUUGAUAGGUGUUAAACUUAUAUGAUGCAAACUUGCAAGGCAAAGCCUUUGUUGAUGGCACGGACUGAGCGCCCCCCCCCCCCCCCCCCCUGUGAGCUUUUGUUCUUAAUAGUUCUUAAUAGUUUUCUUUUCUCUAUGGCGGAUUGAGCCACCUUUAGGUUUGAAGGUGUCAAAUAAUUUGUAACCUACUUUUUAGCCCAUUUAAUGUAUUUAUUUUUUUAUUU